AUGGAAAUAGCUGACAGUGAAACUGUCAACUACAACAAUUACUCUAAUAAAGGAAUGGAUUUGUUGCAAAACACUAGAAAUGAUGAGAUGAUGAUGGAUACGGCAAAAAAACGGAUAAAACUAAAAGUUGGCCAUAUUGGUAUUGUUGGAGCUUUAUCAUCUGAAGAUAAAAUGUUACGUUUAUCACUGGAUGAUCUUUAUGAGAAUGGAAUAAUUGAUAGAGGAAUUGAUAUCGAAAUUUCAUCCCAACCGGCAUGUCGUUAUUCAUUUGAAGGUGCAGUAGUUGCAGCCGAAAUGUUUUAUAAACAAGAAAUUCGUGCUUUCAUUGGUCCUCGUUGUGCGUCAGAAUUGGAUGUGGUUGCAAAAAUGGCUAAUUUCUGGAAUACACCGGUAAUAUCAUAUGCAGCGACCAAUGGUUUAAUUGAUAGAACUGCUUAUGGAACGUUGGCUAGAGUUUCCUUUACAAAUAUGAAUUCAAUUGCUGAAGCUGUAGCUGCUCUUUUAGUUCAUUAUAAAUGGUCUAAGGUGGCAAUAGCAACAAAUACUGAAGGCGCCAAUCGCAUAUUAACUUUGGAACAAGUGCUGAAAAGACAGCAAAUAAUAUUACUUAAAAAAGUAAUAUUCGAGAUGAAUUCUACUGCAGAACAAAUGAUUGCAAGUGGUCUAAUUAAUCAACUUCGUAACAACGCUAGAGUUAUCAUUUGCUCUUUUACAUCAAUGCUUGAAAUGAGCAGAGAGUUUAUGACAGCAACGUACACCGUCGGUAUGCAUUCAAAUGAUUUUGUUUAUAUAUUACCAUGGAUUCGAGAGGGAAGGAAAGAUUCUGCACCGUGGUUUGGUACAGCUGGUGAAAUUAUGCAAAAAGAUAAUAUCUAUCAUUACUUACACGUUUACGAUGCACUGAUAUUAUAUGCAUAUGCUUUACAAGCACUUUUUAACGAGACUAAUGACAUUACGACCUUAACUGAUGGAAAACGUGUUUGGAAUAAAAUGAGACGUCUACGAUUUGAAGGAAGUACGACAGGUCCAGUUAUGAUGGAUGAUUUAGCCGAUCGUGUACCAAAUUUAGCAGCUUUCUAUAUACCAGCAAAUGGAAAAAAAGUCUCGAAAAUUGCUAACAUAACCCCAAAGUUGCAAAAAAAUUGUAAUGGAAUAGUCAAAAAAUUUGGAUGCUAUGAUCUUUUGGUGACAGAUGUGUUAACGGGUUUCUGGCCUAGCAAUGAUGGUUUGAUGCCAUUAGAUGAACCUAUUUGUGGUUUUCAUAAUGAGAAAUGCUCCCAUAUAAUCGAAAUUAUUUCUGGCAGUGUAUUAAUUGCAUUUAUUUUAAUUACUUUAUUAUCUUAUUGUAUUUAUCGAUACUGUGAAUCACGCUCUCUUCAUAAAAUGCCAUGGCGUAUAUACAAAGAUGAUGUCAAAAUAUUGGACGAAGAACAAUUGAUGUCAAUGAAAUCAUUGGGGAUUUCGACUACAAAAAUGAAUGAAUCAAGUAUUACGCAAAAAAAGCAUGCGAUCGUUGGUAGUAAUACUUAUGUCACUUAUCAUUUAUAUCCACAACGACGUCCAAUAAAGUUUGGUCGAGAAGAUUUAAAACUUCUCUCACAAAUAAAGGCAGCAGUACACGAUAAUUUGAAUGUAUUUAUUGGAAUGGUAUUUAAUCAAGGUGAAAAUAUGUUCAUAAUUUGGAAAUCUUGCUCAAGAGGAACUAUACAGGAUAUCAUUUAUAAUGAAAAUUUAACUCUGGAUGAAAAAUUUCAUGCAGCAUUUAUUCGUGAUAUCACGCAGGGUUUGGAAUAUUUGCACUCCUCACCAAUCGGUUAUCAUGGAUCAUUAUCACCAUGGGCAUGUCUGAUUGAUCGUAGCUGGAUGGUGAAGUUAACCGAUUUCAGGAUUGCAGAUCCAAUUGAACGAUGGGAAAAGCAAGGAUGGAUUUCAAUUAAUGCACUUAUUUCGGAUGAUGACAAAAGUGGACCGAAACAAAGGACAUCUGUACUUUAUUGUGCUCCUGAAAUGUUGAAAAAUCGAGAAUUGAAUCGACGAUCUGCAAGGCAUGAUGAUUGGAAAAAGCAACCAAAAUUUUUUCAUCAAGCUGGCGAUAUUUAUUCAUUCGGAAUGAUUAUGUAUGAAAUUCUUUUUCGAUCACUGCCUUAUCCGGAAAACACAAAUAUAAACGAAUUAAUAGAUAUGAUAUCGGAUGGUAGCAAAACAUUUCCACCGCGUAUAAUUCAUCCCCAGAAUGUGCAUCCUGAUCUAUGUGCACUUUUGGAGGAUUGCUGGUCUGAAAAUUUGGAAGUUAGGCCGACAAUACGACGUGUUCAAUUGAAUACAAAGAUGGUCCUAAAAGUGAAAGGCAGUUUGGUUGAUCAAAUGAUGUCAGUAAUGGAACAAUAUGCUACAAAUCUAGAAAAAUUAGUCGCUGAUCGAACUGCACUGCUUGAAGAAGCGAAUAUUCGAGCUGAUAAAUUACUAUCACAAUUACUUCCACCGUAUGUUGCAAAUGAACUCAAACUUGGCCGCUCUGUUCCACCCAAAUUAUUCGAAAUGGCAACCGUGUUAUUUUCGGAUAUUGUUGGUUUCACAAAAAUUUGCUCUUCUUCAACACCUUUAGAGGUUGUCACAAUGUUGAACGGUUUAUACAGUGGCUUUGAUGAGUGCAUUAGUCGUAGCGGCGCAUAUAAGGUGGAAACAAUUGGUGAUGCUUACAUGGUUGUUUCGGGGAUACCUGAAGAAAAUGGUGCCAAACACAUUCAGUGCAUUGCUGAUGUCGCAUUGGAUAUGAGAAAAUACCUGAAUAACUAUCAAGCUCCACAUCUACGAGAUAAGUUGCAGUGUCGUUGGGGUUUCCAUACUGGUCCUGCAGCCGCUGGGGUUGUAGGAGUUAUAUCACCUCGCUAUUGUCUUUUUGGUGAUACGGUGAAUGAAGCAUCUCGAAUGGAAAGUACGGGUUCUCCUGGUAAAAUACAGAUCAGUUCGGAUGCUCGAAACUUUUUGAUGAUUCAUUACCCAUUCUAUGUAUGUCAAGAAAGAGGAAUGGUGGAAGUAAAGGGUAAAGGAACUCUGUUAACUUACUGGCUAGAAAAGAAAUUAGAUGAUCAAUCAGUAGUAAACAAUAAUGAUGGAGAAGGAUAA